AUGAGAAAGGAAAGCUUGUGUGAGGGUAUUAGAAGAAUCGACAGUGAUGCUGAUUAUUGGGAGUUUGUGGAGACUGUUUAUAGUCUGGAGAGUGAUAGUCUUGAGAGUGAGUUAGAUGUGUACAUUGACCACCGAAAUGAACCAAUUCUUGAUUGGGCUGAUAACGAGUUCUUAGAAGAUGGUAAAGGGUAUGAGUUGGAUGAGUUGGAUGAAGAGGAUGACAAGGAUUCUGAAGUUUCAAUGAAAAUGGAAUAUGAACAUGAAUGGGAUGAUGAAGAUGAACAUACUUUUGAUAAAACUGUUAGAGACCCAUUCUUGGACAAACUUUCAGGGCAUAUUAGUGAUGAUGAUGAAGAGGAAGCAAACAAUGGGAAACUUAAGGAUGUUGUGUUCCCUGUCCAUAAUGAGAAUCAAGAAUGGGAGCAAAUGGUGCCAGUUUUGGGUAUGAAGUUUUCUAAUCCAUUGGAAUUGAAGUUGUGUAUCACCAACUAUGCAGUCAAAAAUGGAUAUGAUUUAUGGUAUGAGAAAAGUGAUCAUGAAAGGUUAUUGGUAAAAUGUUGUAAAGGUAAGACAAAUAAACAGGGUAAAGGUUGUCCUUUUAGAUUAUGGGCAACCUGGAUGAGCAGUGAAAAAUCAUUCCAGAUUAAAUCUCUGAAUGAUAUGCAUAAUUGUGCAAGAGUGUUCAAAUUUGGGUCCAUUGUUACCUAUAAAUGGAUAGCAAAGCAUUUCAUGAAUCAUAUACUUCAGAAACCAAAGAUGAGUAUAAGGAAGUUGAAAGCUAAGGUCAGCAAGAAAUUUAAUUUGAUUGCAAGUGUUGGUCAAUGCAGAAAUGCAAGGAAGUAUGCAUUUCAGGAGAUAGAGGGUACUUUGAAAGAGCAUUAUGCAAAAACAUGGAGCUAUGGAGAAGAGAUAAGAAGGACUAACCCUGGAUCAACAGUGAAGAUGGAUGUAGAUGUCAUGCCUGAUGGAACCACAUAUUUCUCAAAGUUUUAUGGAUUACUUGAGGCUGUGAAGGAAAGGGUCCCAGCAGCAGAGCAUAGGCAAUGUGCUAGGCACAUAUGUGCUAACUUCCUGAAAAGGUUUAAGGGCCAAGUGUUUAGAAAGCUUUUCUGGUAUGCUGCUGCAGCUACUACCCCUGCAAAAUUUGAACAACACAUGAAUGAAAUCAAGAAAUUAGAGCCACUAGCUUAUGACCAUUUGAUGGAAAGGGACCCUAAAACUUGGAGUAAAGCAUUUUUUCAGACUGAUAGGGCUUGUGAUGCAUAUGAAAAUGGUAUCUCUGAGAGUUUCAACUCUGUGAUUGAAGUUGCUAGGAAGAGACCACUAAUCACCAUGUUAGAAGAAAUUCGAAUUUAUGUGAUGGAGAGGCUUUAUAGACAGAAGAUUAAGGGGCAAUCUUGGGAUUUAACCAUAUGUCCUACCAUUAGGCUGAAGUUGUCCAAGCUUAAGGAUCUUCAAAGGUUUUGGAAAGUAAUACCAUCUGGUUAUCAACAGUAUGAAGUCAGACUUGGGUAUGAUGCAUAUGUUGUGGAUAUUGGUAGUAGGACAUGUGCCUGCAGAACUUGGCAGUUAACAGGUUACCCUUGUGUGCAUGGGUAUGCUUGCAUUGCAAGCCUCAACAGGGAUGUACAGGAGUAUGUGUCACCAUGGUUUACCACAUCAAUGUACCUAAACUGUUACAGGAAUACCAUUAACCCACUAAAUGGUAGUGACAUGUGGCCUCAUGUAGACUACAUCAGCCCAUUGCCCCCCAAAAGGAGAAGGCUACCAGGAAGACCAUCAACAAAAAGGAAAAGGGAUCAGAUUGAGAGGGAAAACCAAGGAAAAAAGCAUUCAAUCACAAAAAGAGGUAGUGUGAUGAAAUGCAGCAUAUGUAGGGAAAGUGGGCAUAAUAGAACAACCUGUCCUCAAAAACCAAUUGGGGAAUCAUCAAAUGCAAGUUCAAAGAAAAAGAAAUCCAAGAAAGCUGAUAAAGUGAAGGUUGUAUUGGCACAUGAAGUUGAUAUUGACAGUGACAGUGAAGUUGAAAUAGAACCUGAAAGUGAUGUUGACUCUUUUGAUCUUGAAUUUGAAGAUGAUGUGCAACCUGAAGUUGAAGAUGGAGUAGAACCUGAAGUCCAAGAUGGAGUGCAACAUGAAGUUCAAGAUGAAGUGCAAGCUGAAGUUGAACCUGAAAAUCAUCCUGAAGUUCAUGAUGCUAACCAAGUUGAAGUUCACCUUGCAGUUCAAGCUGAAGUUGAACCUGAAGUGCAAGUUCAAGUUGAAGAUGCUAACCAAAUUGUAGUUCAAGAUCAAGUGGAAAUACCAGCUUUUCAAGUUGUAGUGGGAAAGAGGGCAAGGAAACCUUCAGAAAAAUUACAAAACUGAAGAUAAGAAAGAUGUGGGAGGGAAAACAGGGCAGUAGUGAUGACAAUCCGUAUGAGUUGGAUUAACUUUUGGCUUAUUGUACUGUUGUUAAUGUUUUUGGCAUCUUUGACUGACAUCUUUUAACUUUGGAAUCUUUUGGCACAUCUUUUGAAAACUAGUUGGAAUAGCUUAACUUUUUGCACAUCUUUUGG